UCAAACCCCAGCUGUCAGGGCCAGGACACCCCGUCAGCCUGCACUUGCUCUCUUUUGUCGUCUUCAGACCACACCAUGGGGCUCAGCGACGGGGAGUGGCAGCAGGUGCUGAACGUCUGGGGGAAGGUGGAGGCUGACAUCGCCGGCCAUGGGCAGGAGGUGCUGAUCAGGCUCUUUACCGGCCACCCUGAGACCCUGGAGAAGUUUGACAAGUUCAAGCACCUGAAGACAGAGGCCGAGAUGAAGGCCUCCGAGGACCUGAAGAAGCACGGCACCGUGGUGCUCACCGCCCUGGGCGGCAUCCUCAAGAAGAAGGGCCACCAUGAGGCGGAGCUGAAGCCGCUGGCCCAGUCACACGCCACCAAGCACAAGAUCCCCAUCAAGUACCUGGAGUUCAUCUCAGAUGCCAUCAUCCACGUUCUGCACAGCAAGCAUCCCGGGGACUUUGGCGCUGACGCCCAGGGCGCCAUGACGAAGGCCCUGGAGCUGUUCCGGAACGACAUCGCGGCCAAGUACAAGGAGCUGGGCUUCCAGGGCUAAGCCCCUGACGGCCCCCCCCCCCCCGACCCCCGUGGGCCCAGAACCCGGGGGCGGCAGGGCGACCUCACGUAGCCAUGUAGAGCUUGCUUCCGAGUGUCUGCUUUGCUGACGAGCGGUGGGUAGGAGAGGCGGAGGGCUGAGCGCGUGGGAUGCCCAGGAUGGCUCCGCUUGCCUGGGGACCGGGCUCCGGAGGAGGGGCAUCCCCUUGGGAACCAGGAGCAGCGUGGUCCUUUGCUCACUGUGGCCCGCAGGGUUUGGGUCAUACUUAAUUCUCCUCUCUCCUAAACUCCAACCGAAUUCCUUCCAGCCUUCAAACUGGCCCACACCUGCACCCUCACCUUGAACCCCAGACCCAGGCCCCAGCCGCAGUAAUUCUCCAAUCCAUCCCCGUGCCCCUUGGGGACAGCAGAAUGGCCUUUUGCAAUGAGAAGGAGGUCUGGAUGGGGAGGGGACAGCCAUGCCCAGCCCAGGAGAGGCGUCGGGUGUCUGGAACAUGAGUGUGCCUUCUCAGGUAAUGGAGUGACUCACCUGGUUUGAAUAAAAGACCCUGCAAUAUUGCA